UUGCGUUGUACAUUCAUAAUAGACACUCUGGUUAUGUACACAUUUCGCUUAUUAACAAACUGUGUUCAAAUGUAAAUCAUUUACAUCGAUGCGUUAUUACGUCUGCAGCGACGUAAAGUAUUUAACAAUUAAAAAUGCGCUCUGUAAAUCGUCCGAAAUGUAUCAAAUCAUUUUACGGCGGAAGACUUCCAUGACGCAUGAGGUUAGGAUGUGAGGAAUGCUCGUAAAAUGACUGAGCGUGCGUUCAGGCUACUUUCAGGAUCAUUUCCGACCGCCUGAACCAUCGCUAAUCGAUUUGAAGACUUAAUUUCAAGCUGCACCACGAACCAAUCACAAAAAUCGCCAAUUCUCUAUGUCACAUGAAUGUUAAAAGAAUAUGAUCGAAUGAAGAAUAUUCUGGAUAAAGAAAAAAGGGAAACGUUUCUUUUGCAUUGACACGUGUAAAUAUUUUUACGUCUCAGCUUAGUAUCCGUUACGGUCCUGACUAAGUAUGAAGCACAGUUCUGAGUCAGAAUCAAUAGUAUGAAGCUGCACACAUGCUCGCUAUACAUCUCCCUGUUACUCUUGCUGUGCAUUCCUCAUGGGUUGAGCUGUGAUCACUUGAGCAGCAGCUCCAAACGACGUAAUGGUAGCAACUGUAUUCCAGAAUUUCCGUUGCAUGAAACACUUGUACCUUCAAACUCCUGUCAAGAUACUCAAGAAAUUCAAGUUACAUUUUCUUCUAGUAUAGUAGAGAAUGAGUAUAUAAUCAAAUUCAAUGGUUAUUAUAAGGCAAAUGCACGAGAGAGUUACAUAGGAGCUGCAUUAAACUCGUUUGAUGUUAGAAAUUGGAGAAUUAUACCACGUAACAAUGCAGCAUUCAGGUAUCCUAGCGACUUUGAUAUCGUGCACUUAAAGGAAUCUGAUAAGUAUGAUGGGCUCAAGGCUCUGAGUAAUCAUCCACUUGUAAAGACUGUAUCGCCGCAGAGACUUAUACGUAGAACUUUAAAAUUUAUCAAUACAACAUCAAGCGAUUCCAAUGUCUUAGCAUAUAAAAAUUCCAAAAGAAGAAUUAAUAAUGUCCAAUCUGGACAAACGUCAAAUCGACACACAUCUCGAAAAUUACUAAGAGCUAUACCAAAACAAAUCACGUAUAUGCUCGAAGCUGACAUAUUAUGGAGAAUGGGCAUUACUGGAAAAGAUAUAAAAGUAGCGAUAUUUGACACCGGACUCGCGGCUAGUCAUCCGCAUUUCAGAAAUAUCAAAGAGAGGAUAAAUUGGACGAAUGAAAAUACUCGGGAGGACGGUUUAGGUCAUGGGACAUUCGUCGCGGGUGUUAUCGCGUCAUCUUCUAGGGACUGUUUUGGAUUUGCUCCGGAUGCAGAGCUUUAUAUUUUCCGCGUUUUCACGAAUGCUCAGGUAUCUUAUACCUCGUGGUUCUUGGAUGCAUUCAAUCAUGCCAUAUUUCGUAAGGUAACCGUGUUAAAUCUCAGCAUCGGUGGUCCAGAUUUUAUGGAUCAACCGUUUGUUGAUAAAGUAUGGGAGGUUACAGCUAAUGGUAUUAUUAUGGUGUCAGCAAUUGGCAAUGAUGGACCUCUAUAUGGCACUUUAAAUAAUCCUGCCGAUCAAAUGGAUGUGAUUGGUGUAGGAGGCAUCAAUUGGGAUGAUCAAAUAGCGAGAUUCUCUUCGCGCGGUAUGACCACGUGGGAAUUGCCUUACGGAUACGGUAGAGUCAAACCUGACCUAGUCAUAUAUGGAUCGGGAGUAAGAGGAUCCGCUUUACAGCAUGGAUGCAGAAGUCUCUCUGGUACCUCCGUUUCUAGUCCCGUUGUUGCCGGUGCAGUUGCGCUAUUAGCUAGUGCAUUUAUAGAAACAAAUGGAUCUAAAAUUAAUAAAGAGAAGGUAACACCGGCGAGUAUGAAACAAGCGUUAAUAAAUUCAGCCCGUCGUUUACCUGGGAUUGGUAUGUUCGAGCAAGGUGCGGGAAAAUUAGAUCUCUUGCGGGCAUUUCAUUUUUUACAGUCAUAUAGUCCUGCCGUCACACUUCAUCCAAGCUACGUAGAUUUGACGGAGUGUCAAUAUAUGUGGCCAUAUUGUACUCAAGCUAUAUACCAUACUGGUAUGCCCACAAUAGUCAAUGUAACUAUAAUAAACGGUUUGGGUGUGGCUGGAAAUGUAGUAAAUCUUACCUGGCAUCCGUAUGCCGGUAACGGCAAUGGUGAACAUAUUGAUGUAGCGAUAACAUAUAGCGAUGUUCUAUGGCCAUGGUCUGGCUGGUUAGCAGUUGCUAUAACGGUCCCAUCGACAUCUCACGACUGGCAGGGUAUCGCGCAAGGCCAUAUCUCGCUCACGGUUGAGAGCGAUGGGGCGGGUAAGCCACGGCAAUCGACAGUAACGCUUCCAUUGCAGGCAAAAGUUAUACCCACCCCACCAAGGCAUAAACGUAUUUUAUGGGAUCAAUACCAUAAUUUGCGAUAUCCACCUGGAUAUUUCCCUAGAGAUGAUUUGCGCGUAAAGAAUGAUCCUCUUGACUGGAACGGAGAUCAUAUACAUACUAACUUUAAAGAUAUGUAUCAACAUUUACGUAAUGCUGGAUAUUAUCUUGAAGUGCUCGGUCAUCCAUUCACCUGUUUUGACGCGAGAAAUUACGGAACUCUGCUUAUCGUAGAUACGGAGGAAGAAUUUUUCCCCGAAGAGGUGGCAAAGCUAAAACGGGAUGUAGAAGAGGACGGUUUAUCAGUAAUUGUAUUUGCAGACUGGUAUAAUAUAGCAGUCAUGCGAAAAAUCAAAUUUUACGACGAGAAUACCCGUCGAUGGUGGAUACCGGAAACGGGAGGUGCCAAUAUUCCAGCCAUAAACGAUUUGCUUUAUCCUAAUUGGGGUGUGGCAUUUGGCGACGAAGUACGAAACGGUCAGUUCACUCUUGGCCAACACGCGCCAGUCACAUUCGCGUCUGGUACUACGCUAACUAGAUUUCCAAAGGAUGGGAUCGUUAUAUAUGCGGAGUUAUACGAUCAGGGUCAAGAACUGUUGGAAAAAGAAUCAGGGACACCUACAUUUGUACCAAUACUUGGACUUUUACAAGUGACUAAUAAGAAAGAUGUUGAAACGGCACGUAACGAUAAAAUUGAUAACGAAGUGCAAGCAGAUCGGAAUGAUGAAAAGAAUGUCAAAGAACAGACAAACAUGUCUGGUAGACUCGUUGUUUAUGGAGAUUCAAAUUGCAUUGAUGACAGCCAUUUACAGAAAUCUUGUUUUUGGAUGCUCGAUGCUAUCUUAGAAUACACAACGACAGGAUACGUACCUACUGUUUUCAUGGAUGAAAAUCAGAAAAAGCAUAAAACUGUUAAGACAACGAGUAAUAUAGAAAUUGGAGAAUUACCGUAUCGAAUGAAGGAAAAUCAUUUUAGUCGUCAUAGUAAAGUAUUAAUGGCUAACGAACCAGCAGGCAGCUUCAGAUCAUUUCCAUUAUGUACCACCCCUGUCUAUGCCGUACCUAUGCCAGUCAAUGAAUCUGUGCCAAUAGAACUUUACAAGCCUCAAAAGCUGUUCCCUAUAGGAGAUACCAUGAGUGCAGUAAAUUCAGUAUUGCAGGAUACAGACACUAUGUGGCUUAAGAGACGAGUCGGUGGUGCUGGUAUCCCUACGUUGCAACAUCUCGACACUGACAUUAUGGCUUAUGACACAAAAGAAAAUCAGGAAGACGAACAAGUGAUCGUUUACCAAUGGAGUUACGUGAUAAUAAUAGUUAUUAUAGUGAUAGUUGUCUUAUAUCUGUGUAAUCAUUUGGGAUUGAACAGACAUUCGCGCAGAAAACGUACUAUACUCAGAAUACUUAGAGCUAUUCGAGCUUUGGUUGUGCGAAGGAUACCUGCGCAAAUGUAAUGUGACAAGUUCUUGACAAGAACUAUUACUAUGUAUUGUAUACACAGUUAACAAAAUUUUACUUAGGCAACUUUAGGCAGGGCGUAAAUUUCAAGAAAUUUAUAUGUAAAUUAGAUUUAUAUUAUGUGCCUUUGAAACAUAAUGACACAAUAUGCAUACAUGAAUUUGUAGAUUACAUAAAUUAUUUUGAUAUUAAAAUAAUCACAAGUUA